GUGCACAUUCCCAUCCAGUAAUGUUAAUAUAAGUGAACUGGGAUAUAUUCAUUAAUCACUGCAGAUUAAAAGAGAGCCAAUCAAAUCCCGACAUUUCUAACGAGUGAUGUUUAAGUCACAUACUUGAUGCACGUGAUGAUUCAUUACCCAAGUUGGUUUCCAGUGGACUAAGUGGCAUUUUGUUAUUAUUGAUACACAUCUUUUUCCAUUUCAGCCAAGCAUAAAACUGUUUAUUUUCAAGUUUACAAUUGCUAUCAUGUUAACUGAAAGGGUUUCAACGUAUGUGGAGAAUGGUACAGAAAUCUAAGAAAAAGGCAUGUUGGAUAGAUUUGUGCAUCAACAGGAAAACUCCAUUUAAACACAAAGAUGCAGAGUGAAUGAACCCUUUACCAACAUUAUAAUAUAGGAGCAGGUCUCUGGUAGAAGAUCAUAACUUGACCCAUGGAAACCUUUAGAAUGAACCCAAACACUAUCCAGAGAUUGCAGCAUGCACCAAAUAACAAUGAUAUAAUGUGUUAUCAUAAGAGUCUCUGAGAACCAAACGUUCUGAGCCUAAAUUGGUGCAAAGGCAUUGCAUUGGCAGGUUGGUGUGAGCGGCAAGAUGAAAAGCAAAAGACACCCCGCCUCUCUAAACUCCUUUAUAAGAGCUCAGCGGUAGAAAUUCUCUUUACAGUGAAACGAACACACAAUGAGGAACUUCACCUUGAUAACACCUUUACCUCUCUGCAGCCUCAGCUGGAUCUCUGUCUCAGCUUCUGAGUCUCACACUGUGGAGGUCCAGUCUGGUGGAGGCGUCACUCUGAUGUGCUCCAACAUUUCCAGAGUUAUAACUACAACAGAAUGGUUCAGAGUGAUCAACAGAAAGAAGCCCAGCUGUGUCUCCUCCAUGAACCCAAAUGAUAGCAAUGCUUCCUUCUGUGAUGGAUUUCAAAAUAGAUUUGAGAUGAGCUCCAACAUCUCUACUGUCUUUCUUAAAAUCAAGAGAGUGGAUUCAUCGGACUCUGGACUGUAUUUCUGUGGAAUUAACAUAGACAAACAUACAGUCAUUGUCAAUGCAACAUAUCUAAAAGUUCAAGAGGAGUCUGAUGGAAUAACAAACGUCAUGAUUGUGAUCCUGGGUGUUUUCCUCAAUAUAGUCAUCAUUGUUCUGGCUGUUAAAAUCAGGAAACUUCAGACAGCUGUGAAUGAAGAACUGCAGCCAGAAAGAAACAAGGAUCUGGGCUCAGAUGACCUGAAAUACGCAGCUCUGAGUUUGUAUGCAGCAACAAUAAGGAACAGGAGGCCUGCAUCAGAGAGAGAAGUGGAGACUCAUGUUCUUUAUAGCGCCAGCAGAUAG